AUGGUUAUGGCAGCCAUACAACUGGACAUCCAGCCAGCAGAUAGUCCCAGGCACACACAAAUCGAUGGAACCCCUUCAGUGACCCAUAACACAAUCGAUUUAACUCUACGAUUGAGCAUCCAGCCGUCAGAUGCUCCCGGGCACACAACAAUUGAUGGGACACCUUCAGCCACCCAUAGUACAAUCGAAAUAACUCCUCUUUUGACAAAUCUCAAAUCCAGCUCACCACAACAGGGUCCACUGUCGAACGGGUAUCCUGUACAACGACUUCCCACCCAUGCAGUCAGCAUUCCGACCCCCGAGAGAGACAAUGUGGACCAGCAAGCCACGCCGAAUGUGACCAACUCUACUCAAAACCUUCGCUUAGAGAGUGAUCCGCCAGCUGAAGUGUCCUUGGCUAGCCCAAAUGGACAACGAGAGGAGGCCAGCGACUCAAGGCUUGACGAAGAUAUCAAUGAGAAUAACGAGGAGAACACGCAGGGGGACACUUCAGGGUGA